UUCAUCGUAAGGAAGCAAAAAACCACAUUUCCCUAGGUGGAACCAGAUAAAGCUUCCGAUCAGGGAUCUGGGAAAGCAGAAGUCAGACGAGAAGAUUAACGUUAACAGUUGUUUUAAUGUUGAAAACACAUCGUUUUGAAGACUGCUGAGCAUCGCAGUGAACCUCUGACCAGCUGUCCUCCCUGACCCUGUCCACAACCAUGGCGAUCCUGUUUGCAGUGGUUGCCCGCGGCAGCACCAUCCUGGCGAAGCAUGCGUGGUGUGGCGGUAAUUUCCUGGAGGUGACAGAACAGAUCCUAGCUAAGAUACCAUCCGAGAACAACAAGCUCACCUACAGCCAUGGCAGCUAUCUCUUCCACUACAUCUGCCAUGACAGAAUCAUAUAUCUCUGUAUCACUGACGACGACUUUGAGCGGUCACGUGCGUUCAGCUUCCUGGGAGAGGUGAAGAAGCGUUUCCAGACGACCUAUGGUUCCAGAGCUCAGACAGCCCUUCCCUACGCAAUGAACUCAGAGUUCUCCUCCACUCUGAUGGCUCAGAUGAAGCACCAUUCCUCUCCUCCAUCAGAUCGCCUGGCUGAGACUCAGAUGCAGGUUGACGACCUGAAAGGCAUCAUGGUACGCAACAUCGACUUGGUGGCUCAGAGGGGAGAGAAGUUGGAGUUGCUGAUUGAUAAAACGGAGAACCUGGUCGGCUCAUCUGUGAGUUUUAAGACCACCAGCCGUAACCUGGCCAGAGCCAUGUGUAUGAAGAACCUCAAACUGACUGUCGUCGUAGUGGUGGUGUCACUGGUGGUCCUGUAUGUAGUUGUGUCUGCAGCCUGCGGAGGACUCAGCUGGCCCAACUGCAUCAGGAAAUAAGAGAGGGGGAGGACGAGAAGAGAGGGGGAGGACGAGGAGAGAGGGGGAGGAAAAGGGAGUAAGAGAAGACGACAGCGGACCCACAAAGAAAGAAAUCGCUCUCCUCCUCCUCCUCCUCCUCCCUCUUGACUUCCAGUCAGCAGGGAGGAGAGGUCCUCUAUUGGACAGAAUGGUGACGCAACAAGGCAUCCAGACAGUGGAGAUUUAACAACGUUGUAAUUGUCUUGCUUUCUGUUCCUUAACAAGAGAAUGAGGUGUGUUUAUCUGUCCAAAGACAAGCGAUUGUUGGAUAUGCAGCUUUAAAAUAUUGUGCAAGUGGAAUUCAGUCCACUGUCCAGUCCAGCUGUCCUCCAUACUGUUCUCCAGUCCAUGGCCCUCUCAUCCAGGGCUCUACAAGCCUAGCAAACAGCUGUUCUCCAGUCCAUGGCCCUCUCAUCCAGGGCUCUACAAGCCUAGCAAACAGCUGUUCUCCAGUCCAUGGCCCUCUCAUCCAGGGCUCUACAAGCCUAGCAAACAGCUGUUCUCCAGUCCAUGGCCCUCUCAUCCAGGGCUCUACAAGCCUAGCAAACAGCUGUUCUCCAGUCCAUGGCCCUCUCAUCCAGGGCUCUACAAGCCUAGCAAACAGCUGUUCUCCAGUCCAUGGCCCUCUCAUCCAGGGCUCUACAAGCCUAGCAAACAGCUGUUCUCCAGUCCAUGGCCCUCUCAUCCAGGGCUCUACAAGCCUAGCAAACAGCUGUUCUCCAGUCCAUGGCCCUCUCAUCCAGGGCUCUACAAGCCUAGCAAACAGCUGUUCUCCAGUCCAUGGCCCUCUCAUCCAGGGCUCUACAAGCCUAGCAAACAGCUGUUCUCCAGUCCAUGGCCCUCUCAUCCAGGGCUCUACAAGCCUAGAAAACAGACUGAUAAUCUGGAGUAGGGUUUACCAAAUGUUUUUACCCUGGGGCCCCCUUCCAGCAUUGGAGAACAUCCCACGGCUCCCCCGGCAUGCGCACCGUGUCUAUUUCUAUUGGUACAGCACUGUUCAUGACACACUGUUCCUCUUGUUGGUGGAGAGGACAUGUUGCAAGCUUAUUUCCUGCAAUUGUACACAUUUUGUCAUGGGGUGCAAAAUAAAUGUUUCAGUUUUAAAGCAA